AUGGAGGGUGACAAGCGUGAUCUUGCGGAUCUUCUCAAGGAGGGAGGUAUUGGCAGUGAGCGAAGAAAGAUCGUCGCUGGUGAGUAUGAGCCCACUGACGAGGAGUCCAAGCUUCCGAUCAUCCAUGGCUUGGAGCCAGACGAGAUUAAGGCCCUCAAUGAAAAGUCGGAACCUGAUGAUGGCUCGAAAGGAGUGCCAUCGUUUUGGCUUCACGUUUUGAAAGGAUCAGACAUGACUCAGGAUAUGAUCCAAGAGCAUGACGAACCCAUCCUGAAACACCUCACUGACAUAACCACUACAAUUGAAGUCGAUCCCCACGGAUUCACCAUCUAUUUCCACUUCUCUCCCAAUGAGUAUUUCACUAACACAGUUCUAAAGAAGCAGUACU